ACUGGGCUUUUGCAAGUCACCGUGGGAACCUUCGGGGCGGGGAAGAACUCCGCGCUCCGGCAGCUAUACCACCUCUCACCCCCAGCCCUAAUCCCCGAGCUGGAAAAUGCACUGGUAGCGCUUAGCUUGCACACUUUACUCCGCGCCCCGCCUGAAAUACCUUGGGCGACCGACGCACCGCGGAGGGGCCAGAAUGCCGGGCCGUAGGGCCUUCGCCCCACUUACUGGUUUCUCUGGAAACCCCCCUGGUAAGUGUGGAGGAGGCGGGACACUCUGACCCAAGACAAAAGGCUUGUAGCUCCAGCCAAAGAAAAUAAACCUUAGGGAGAAGGAAAAAAAAAACAAAAACAAAAAACAAAACCAACCCAUCAGCUGUUCCUGAGAACAGUCUGCAGUGGAAACUACAGAGAGGACAACUAAUGUGAGUGAGGAAGUGACUGUAUGUGGACUGUGGAGACAGUAAGUCACGUGGGCCCUGAGGGCCUGGACUGGGUUAGCAACAGUUGUACGUGCUGAGGUGAGGUGCUGAGAAGGGAAAAGUGAAUGUGGUCUGGAGAGUGGCCUUGGCUUCACAGGGUGUGCUUUCCUCUGAGGCCAUCCGGGAGCUCAGCCCCUGUGUUCUGCCAGGGUGGGAUACAGGGUUUGGCACUGAGGAGGGUAACUUGCUGGCUGGAGCAGCAGAGCAGUGGCCUUGAUUUGUCUUUUGGAAGAUUUAAAAACCAAAAAGCAUAAACAUUCUGGUCCUUCAGCAAUGCUUUCUCUGAAGAAAUACUUAACGGAAGGACUCCUCCAGUUCACCAUUCUGCUGAGUUUGAUUGGGGUGCGGGUGGACGUGGAUACUUACCUGACCUCACAGCUUCCCCCGCUCCGGGAGAUCAUUCUGGGGCCCAGUUCUGCCUAUACUCAGACCCAGUUCCACAACCUGAGGAAUACCUUGGAUGGCUAUGGUAUCCACCCCAAGAGCAUAGACCUGGACAAUUACUUCACUGCCCGGCGGCUCCUCAGUCAGGUGAGGGCCCUGGACAGGUUCCAGGUGCCGACCACUGAGGUAAACGCCUGGCUGGUCCACCGGGAUCCAGAGGGGUCUGUCUCUGGCAGCCAGCCCAGCUCAGGCCUCACCCUCGAGAGUUCCAGUGGCCUCCAGGAUGUGACAGGCCCAGACAACGGGGUGCGAGAAAGCGAAACGGAGCAGGGAUUCAGUGAAGAUUUGGAGGAUUUGGGAGCUGUAGCCCCUCCAGUCAGUGGAGACCUAACCAAAGAGGACAUAGAUCUGAUUGACAUCCUUUGGCGACAGGAUAUUGACCUGGGGGCUGGGCGUGAGAUUUUUGACUAUAGUCAUCGCCAGAAGGAGCAGGAUGUGGAUAAGGACCUGCGAGAUGGAGCGGAGCAGGACGACACCUGGUCAGGCGAGGGUGCAGAAGCUCUGGCGCGAAACCUGCUAGUGGAUGGAGAAACUGGGGAGAGCUUCCCUGCACAGGUGCCUGGUGGGGAGGACCAGACGGCCCUGUCCCUGGAAGAGUGCCUUAGGCUGCUGGAGGCCACCUGCCCCUUUGGGGAGAAUGCUGAGUUUCCAGCAGACGUUUCCAGCAUAACAGAAGCAGUGCCUAGUGAGAGUGAGCCCCCAGGUCUUCAGAACCACCUCUUGUCUCCUCUCCUGACGGGGACGGAGUCGCCAUUCGAUCUGGAGCAGCAGUGGCAAGACCUCAUGUCCAUCAUGGAAAUGCAGGCCAUGGAGGUGAACACUUCAACGAGUGAGAUCCUGUACAGUGCCCCUCCUGGAGACCCCCUGAGCACCAACUACAGCCUUGCCCCCAACACUCCCAUCAAUCAGAAUGUCAGCCUGCAUCAGGCGUCCCUGGGGGGCUGCAGCCAGGACUUCUCACUCUUCAGUCCCGAGGUGGAGAGCCUCCCUGUGGCCAGCAGCUCCACGCUGCUCCCGCUGGUCCCCAGCAAUUCCACCAGCCUCCACUCCACCUUUGGCUCCACCAACCUGGCGGGCCUCUUCUUUCCACCCCAGCUCAAUGGCUCGGCCAACGACACGGCAGGCCCUGAGCUGCCCGACCCACUGGGGGGCCUGUUAGACGAAGCCAUGCUGGACGAGAUCAGCCUGAUGGACCUGGCCAUCGAAGAGGGCUUCAACCCCGUGCAGGCCUCCCAGCUUGAAGAGGAGUUUGACUCGGACUCAGGCCUCUCCUUGGACUCCAGCCAUAGCCCUUCCUCUCUGAGCAGCUCCGAAGGCAGCUCUUCUUCCUCCUCGUCCUCCUCCUCGUCCUCCUCCUCGUCGUCCUCUUCCUCUGCUUCCUCUUCAGCUUCUUCCUCCUUUUCUGAGGAAGGUGCUGUUGGCUACAGCUCUGACUCGGAGACCCUGGAUCUGGAAGAGGCCGAGGGCGCUGUGGGUUACCAGCCCGAGUAUUCCAAGUUCUGCCGCAUGAGCUACCAGGAUCCGUCCCAGCUCUCCUGCCUGCCCUACUUAGAGCACGUGGGCCACAACCACACAUACAACAUGGCGCCCAGUGCUCUCGACUCUGCUGACCUGCCACCGCCCAGCACCCUCAAGAAAGGCAGCAAGGAGAAGCAGGCCGACUUCCUAGACAAGCAGAUGAGCCGGGAUGAGCAUCGAGCCCGAGCCAUGAAGAUCCCCUUCACCAAUGACAAAAUCAUCAACCUGCCAGUGGAGGAGUUCAAUGAGCUGCUGUCCAAAUACCAGCUGAGCGAGGCCCAGCUGAGCCUCAUCCGCGACAUCCGGCGCCGGGGCAAGAACAAGAUGGCGGCGCAGAACUGCCGCAAGCGCAAGCUGGACACCAUCCUGAACCUGGAGCGGGACGUGGAGGACCUGCAGCGCGAUAAAGCCCGGCUGCUGCGGGAGAAGGUGGAGUUCCUCCGGUCCCUGCGGCAGAUGAAGCAGAAGGUCCAGAGCCUGUACCAGGAGGUGUUUGGGCGGCUGCGGGAUGAGAAUGGGCGACCCUACUCGCCCAGUCAGUACGCACUCCAGUAUGCCGGGGAUGGUAGUGUCCUCCUCAUCCCCCGCACCCUGGCCGACCAGCAGGCCCGGCGACAGGAGAGGAAGCCAAAGGACCGAAGAAAGUGGAGUGGGUGCUCCAGCUUCAAGGCUUUUUCUGGCAGGAAGAAGAUCCGAGGACUCGAGUAAAGCCCGUCAAAGAGCCGCUACACCUCAGACAAGUGAGAAGAGGUCCUAGACUCGGCAGGGAGAUGAGCAGGCCUCAGGCUUAACUGAGCACCAGACUUCAAGGUGACCUGCUUGGGUGGGGGCGGAAGCCUGGCUUUGUCUUGACUUCAGCAGCAGUAGGCUCCCUUCAAGCCGAUUUCUCCCCACGUCCUAAUUCACAUUAGCAUUUGGAAGUAGACCCCUUGUUCCAAACUCUGCCCUGCACAGAUCUCACCAGUGAGGCUGGGCUCGUUAUUUCAGUGUCCAUAAAAAUGGAAGAAAUCCCGAACUAAGGGGAGAUGUAGUGAGCUUGAGAAUGCUCAGUGUCACCAAGACCUGGCCUCUAAUGGCGGACUCCAGCCCCGACCAGGGAAAGCUGAACAGCAGCAGCCAGCCAGCGAAUGGGGAGUACUUUCCAUGGAGCCCUGCGUUCCUCAGGCAGCCCUCGGCCCUCGUACAACCCCAGCUAGGCCGGACUUUGCUGCUUCUCAGGUUUGUUUGGCAAAAGCUGGAAAAACAAGUGCCUCGUAGGAAAAAAACCGUCCCCACCACCUUCACGUCUCCUGCCUCACCCAGGAGGCACUGACCUAGACCUACAGCUUCAGCUCCAGCUAACUUGUUUUAUGGCGCUACCAGCAAGAAGUCCAUUCCAUCACUGACGCUGUCCACGGACAAUCACAGGCACCAGACUGGUGGCUGCCUCUCUGGAAGUCAUUUUCCCAACCAGGUGUAGAAAUGGUCUAGCAAAACCCACGUGCUUCAUAAUCAUGAGUGGUUAAGCCUUGUUAUCACUGCUCCAUCUGGGACAUGAAAGGGACUCAGAGACCUUCAAUUUGCCAUUCUGUUAGCCUAACAAGAACCUUUCACCUUUCACUUUUCCCACAGAAGCCAGCCAUCCUCCUUGCCUCUGGUUCUGAACUUCGUAGUGCAGAACGUAUGUGUGGGGGAACUUGGUAUAUACAUGGAACUUAGCACAUGAUUUGAGUUCUACUCCUUGUUCUGUCAAGGACUUUUGAAAGUUCAUGUCAGCCUCGAUUAGUUGAGACACAGAAUCCAGUGCACAGAUUGUCUGGAGGAGUUUGGGAUCCCACUAAAGAGGUGUGUUCUUAAAGCUGGUUCUUUUCCAGUCUUAACUGCAGAAUGGAUAGGCUGCAUAGUAUUUGUUACUUAAUUCCAGAUGCCAUCUCAACCAAGGAAACAAAACCUAGUUUAUACUUGGGGGAGGCAGGGAAAAGGCUAAGGAGUUGGUGCUCUGCCUUUUGUUUUAAACACGAAUUUAAUCAGGCUAAUUCAGUUGUCUUAAUCCUUCCAGUUCUCAGCUAGGAGCUGAAGCAGUAAUUUAAACAAUGAGCCAGUGCCCCACAGCUGGGCCCCAAAGUUGCCCAGUCUGACCUGAGGCUAUGCAAACAAUAAAUGGCAGGAUUGGUCAAAGUCAACUAGGAUUUAAAAAUCCUUAUGGGGGGGUGCCUGGGUGGCUCAGUUGGUUAAGCGUCUGCCUUCGGCUCAGGUCAUGAUCCUGGAGUCCUGGGAUCGAGUCCCGCAUCGGGCUCCCUGCUUGGCGGGGAGUCUGCUUCUCCCUCUGACCUUCUCCCCUCUCUCAUGCUCUCUUUCUCUCAUAAAUAAAAAAAUCUUAAAAAAAAAAAAUCCUUGUGGGGUAAACAGUGGCUCUGGUAUUACCACAAACCACCAAGGUUACAAUGCAGAUCCAGAUACGCUAUUGAGUAUUUUAACACAAGCUAUUUAAUGUAAGCAACAACUACAGAACCAAAUCAUCAGUAUAUAUCGUAAACAUGAUGUUUCAGCCUUGCCUCAUAGUCCUGCUGCCUCACUGGCCUAAGGCUGGGGGCGGGGGGGGGGGGGGGAGCCUUAGCAAACAGAAUACUUGCUCUACCUGCCCCCCAUACAGCAGGACCAAUUAUGUUUUUCAUCCCAGUGCAAGACGGUUUUAUUUUGGAUUUCAUUUGCUUUCAAUAUUCAGCCAUUUAUUCAGUGGGAAGCUCCCAAGGCCAAGGUCAAUUAAAAGUCAUCCACAGAAGAGAGCUGAGCAACUGUGAACACAUUAGUUAGAAGAGCAGUAACUUCUAAAGAAAACCUCAAUGCUGGACAGUCAAACCAACGUGAUAGGCAGAUCACAGAUUGAGGAUUGUCCCCGGAAUCUUUAAGCUCCACCAUCACCAAGCUUCCUUAGCCACACACCACAACACCCAGAUGCGUCUGCCCAGAGUGGUUCCUACUGCUGAAAAGCAAGAUGAAGCCGAGAUGCCUUCCUUUACUAAAGCUGAAUGCUGGCCUGGUAUUGAUAUUUGUAUUUCAGUUGUAUGCUAGAGGAGGGGAAGCAUUGAGCCUGGACUUAGUUCAGUCCUAUCAGCUCUAAAUUUUAAACAAGAUCUUUUUAUCCUCACAAACGACCCAACUUGUAAACCAGAUUAAUACUAGUAUCACAGAAACUGAUCGGGUUAAUUUGAUCUCAAACAGAACCCGGGUCCAUUCAUAGUUUAGUAUCUGGAG